AUGGCGCAGCCGCCGUUUGCCAUCUUCUUCAGCACCAAGUCGUGCCCCAUCCCCAGCACCAGCUUUGUGCAGGCGGAUGCGACGCACUGGGUUCUAGACGCCACCAACACCGUGACGCACGACUAUCACGACUUGAAAGAGGUUGCGCUGUUCCUGACGCAGGCCGGCGUGCUGCCGCCAGACCUGGGCCUGGCACUGUACGUCAGCAUCGGCGGCGCAGACUGGAGCUACCGAGGCGAGCGGUUUGUCAGCAACGGCCACCCCAGCGAUGUGCUGCCGCUGAGCUGGCCCGACCCGGCCGGCGGCCUGGCGGCGCCGCCGGGGCCCGGCUUUGCGCAGAUAGGCGUCUCCCUGGAGCCACUGGCGGCGCUUGCGGAGAAGGAGGGCAGCAAGCUGGGGGCGCGGGAGGAGUUUGCAAAGCGGGUCGGCUUGGACCUCUUCAAUUUCAUGCAGAGCUUUGGCGGCGUGCAGUCGGUGGGCGGGGACAAGCUGCUGGUGCCCGCCAACAUCCUAGACCACUGGUACCAGCGGCUCAGCAACCGGCUUCGGCGAGACCCCGACUGGCUCACGCGGCAGCAGCAGCCCAUCUAG